ACAGAAGAGAGUGCCGGGGCCGGACCCUCAGCGAUGAGACAGGAUAAACCCAAGCCCACGCCUGCAGCCCGCCGGUGCUCCGGAUUGGCCCGUAGGGUGGUGACCAUCGCCUUCGCCCUGCUCAUUUUGGGCCUCAUGACCUGGGCCUACGCCGCCGGUGUGCCGCUGGCUUCGGAUAGCUACGGCCUCCUGGCCUUCGGCCUCUAUGGAGCCUUCCUUACCGCGCACCUGGUGGCGCAGAGCCUCUUCGCCUAUCUGGAGCAUCGACGGGUGGCGGCGGCAGCGCGGCGCGCAGCAGCGCGUGGACCUCUGGUUGCGGCCCGGGCGCGCAGCGUGGCGCUGACCAUCUCCGCGUACCAGGAGGACCCCACAUACCUGCGUCAGUGCCUGGCGUCCGCGCGCGCUCUGCAGUACCCGCGCGAGCGGCUGCGAAUCCUCAUGGUGGUGGACGGUAACCGCCCCGAAGACCUCUACAUGGUGGACAUGUUCCGAGAGGUCUUCGCCAACGAGGAGCCCGCCACCUACGUGUGGGACGGCAACUACCACCAGCCCUGGGAGCCCGCGUCGGCGGGCGUGCAGGGAGCCUACCGGGAGGUGGAGGCUGAGGACCCUGGGCGGCUGGCCGUGGAGGCGCUGGUGAGGACGCGCAGGUGCGUGUGCGUGGCCCAGCGCUGGGGCGGCAAGCGCGAGGUCAUGUACACGGCCUUCAAGGCGCUGGGCGACUCGGUGGAUUACGUGCAGGUCUGUGACUCAGACACAAGGCUGGACCCUAUGGCGCUGCUGGAACUCGUGCAAGUGCUGGACGAAGACCCCCGGGUAGGGGCUGUGGGGGGAGAUGUUCGGAUUCUUAACCCCUUGGACUCCUGGGUCAGCUUCCUAAGCAGCCUUCGAUACUGGGUGGCCUUCAACGUGGAGCGGGCUUGUCAGAGCUACUUCCACUGUGUGUCCUGCAUCAGUGGUCCCCUAGGCCUGUACAGGAACAACCUCCUGCAACAGUUCCUCGAAGCCUGGUACAACCAGAAAUUCCUGGGCACCCACUGCACCUUUGGAGAUGACCGACACCUCACUAACCGCAUGCUCAGCAUGGGCUACGCCACCAAGUACACCUCGCGGUCCCGCUGCUACUCGGAGACGCCCUCGGCUUUCCUGCGCUGGCUGAGUCAGCAGACGCGCUGGUCCAAGUCCUACUUCCGGGAAUGGUUGUACAAUGCCCUUUGGUGGCACCGGCACCAUGCCUGGAUGACCUACGAGGCGGUGGUCUCGGGCCUCUUUCCUUUCUUCGUGGCGGCCACUGUGCUGAGACUCUUCUAUGCCGGUCGCCCAUGGGCGCUUCUCUGGGUGUUGCUGUGUGUGCAGGGUGUGGCGCUGGCUAAGGCGGCCUUUGCGGCCUGGCUGCGCGGCUGUGGGCGCAUGGUGCUGCUCUCCCUUUACGCACCCCUCUACAUGUGCGGCCUGCUGCCCGCCAAGUUCCUGGCCCUGGUCACCAUGAACCAGAGCGGCUGGGGCACCUCGGGCCGCCGCCAGCUGGCUGCUAACUACGUCCCGGUUCUGCCGCUGGCCCUCUGGGCGUUGCUGCUGCUCGGAGGCCUGGUGCGCAGUGUGGUCCAAGAGGCCACGGCCGACUGGAGCGGUCCCUCCCGGACUGCCGAGGCCUACCAUCUGGCUGCCGGGGCGGGCGCCUAUGUGGGGUACUGGGUGGUCAUGUUAACGCUGUACUGGGUGGGUGUGCGGAAGCUUUGCCGGCGGCGUGCAGGGGGUUACCGGGUCCAGGUGUAAGUC